UCUACUGCAGAAAUUGACGAAUGCAUCCGCGAUUAUCACAGGUGUGAUCCAAACGCUGCUUGUCAGAAUACCGUGGGCUCAUACAUUUGCACUUGCAAAGCUGGAUUCUAUGGAAAUGGAAAAAAGUGCUUUGGUAACUAUUACAGCCCUUAUAUGUUUUCCUGACAUAGCAUCCUUCUGGGCUGGUUUUAUAUUUAGAGUACUAUAUUUUGUUGUAAAACUUGUCCUUUGUUUAAACUUUAAUUUCUUUUGUUUCAUACACAUUUUCAUACUUUGCUAUCCCCUAAAACAAACCCAUGGCUAAAAUUAAGGCACAACGCAUAUAGUUAGUUGUCGUAGUUAGGAUUCACUGACUACAUAUGUUGUUCUUAAUCCCUCCGUCAUUAGAUAUAGAUGAAUGCAGAAACAAAACCCAGACCUGUGAUGUGAAUGCAGUUUGUAGCAACACUCAUGGGUCCUACAAAUGCACCUGCAAAUCCGGAUACUCAGGAGAUGGAAAGAAAUGCAUUGGUAUACAGUAUUCCUUAUUAGCAAAAUCCAACUAGUGGUUUAAUUUUAUUAUCAAUGCUGCGUUCUGAUUGGUCGAGCUACCACUAGGCUAUAUGUUAUAGCCCGCUAGUAGCGAAAAGCGCCGGCUUUGAAAACCAAAACAGUGGCGGCUGAAUCGCGUUUUGCUAGAUAAAGUUGUUUUGUCUCGAUAUUUUUGGGCAAGUUUUCAAAUCAUUACUGUUUGCUUAGUACUAACUGUUCUUUUCGGGUAUAAGGUAAAAAUUGUUUCCAACCAGCAGGCUAUUCAUUUAAUAAGUAUUUAAGAGGCAAUUCUACGCCAUUUAGAAAAUUCUUCAUUAAUAAAGUAGAAGAGUAAAAUCAUGCACUUUAAAAAAAUUGGAAAAUUAAUUGAUAUUGUCUAUAUUUUAUACGCUGCUUAGUACGGAAAACUGGUCCAAUUUACGAAUAUUUUGCCCAGUAGGCAGUUAGGCCAAAUUUGGUAGGUGUUUAGCGCUAUUAUUCCGGGCCUUAAUUCCUUACACAGGUUCUUAUACAGUGUCAUGCUUGCAAUGCAGUAUAUAAAACGCAGAUAUUAUCGUUGACUUUUUAAGAUGUAAAGUAGCCAUAUCCUGCCAAAUGUACCGAAUUAACAUGCAGUGCUAAUGUCAUGUCUUCCAGCGAAGAACUGUGCUGAACUGUACAAAGCUGGAAAACGAUCAAGUGGAGUUUACAAGAUCGACCCAGACGGUGUUGGUGUCUUUGACGUGUACUGUGACCAAACAACAGCCGGUGGGGGAUGGACAGUGUUCCAGAAGAGACUGGAUGGCUCGGUUAAUUUCUACCGCAGCUGGAACGACUACAAAAAAGGGUUCGGAAAUCUGAAUGGCGAGUUUUGGCUCGGACUGGACAAAAUUCACCACCUGACAAAAACUAAAAGCAAACUUCGAGUGGAACUCGAGGACUUCAACAGAAACACGGCUUAUGCCGAGUACAGCUACUUUGCUAUUGCAGACGAGAGAAGCAAAUACAAGCUGAGUCUUGGAACUUACUCCGGUAAUUGUAUUACUUACUUAAUUAAAAACAGACUGCGAGCAGUCUCACUUUUUCUUCCGGUUUGGUAAGGGGAGUACAGGCGCGCGCGAGCGGCGAAACCGCAAGACGAGCGAAACAAGGGCGGCAGCCGCGCCAUCAGUCACGCGCGAGGCCAUUUGCGUGUCUUGCGUUUUGCACGAGGGACUACAGAAAAAAGAGAGACUGCUCGUAGUCUAAAUUAAAAAUGGAGUUCGGGGGAAGAACUUUUAAGGCCCAAGUAAUGCCAAUGAUUUUGACGUUUAAGAAAUAAAGACUCACCACAGAGAUACAGCUAGUUACAGAUACAGUGAAGUAUGUAAUAACCACACAGCUAUCAUAAAAUAAGAGUAAAGCAAAGUAAUAUCAUAUGGAGCGUUAGAGUGAUUUUACUUCGACCAUGAAACGGAUUCAAUGUUUCCUUCUGUCUUCAGAUCUUAACCAUCGUAUUGAAAUCACAGUACGGUGGAGAAAAAUUUAAUGAAAUAUCUUUUGUUCCAAUUUCAUUUUCCAGGAAAUGCUGGUGACUCGCUAAGUUAUCACAAAAGCUCCUCUUUCUCCACUAAAGAUCGAGAUAAUGACAGCUCGGAUAGUAACUGUGCUACAAGUUACAAGGGAGCUUGGUGGUACGGUAACUGUCAUUAUUCCAAUUUAAACGGCCUCUAUCAUCGCGGUAGACACUCUUCAGGUGCUGAUGGUGUGAACUGGUAUCACUGGAAGGGAAAUUACUAUUCCGCUAAACGAGCUGAAAUGAAACUCAAACCAGUCAACUUCUAA